GUUGAAGUGCUUUACUGAAUACUAAGUGGAGUUCCCGUGCCUAAAGGACUCGAGUCCCUUCUCUCUGCGUAACUAAAAUCAACCUUGGCGUUUUAAUUAAGUAUCCGUGUAAACACAACUGUUUGAUAUGGGUGAACGAUAGUGCAUCAUUCCGAGAAAGAUCGAACAUGUUUUCGUUUACCAACAUUGUGCCAAUUUAUGGAUCUCACACCAGAAACUAAUCAGACUUAUUUGCAGUUGUUGCUUUGAUUUGCGGCUCAGAUGGAAGCUGGACAGAUGGUUCAAGACUUCAACACCCAAGUGGCCCUUUUCCGCGAACUGGUCAUUUCUAUUGGAGAUGCCUCUGUGGAUUGUCCCUGCCUGCGAUCUGAAAUGCAGAAGACACGGACCAAGGGUUGUGAGAUGGCACAAAGCGCACAUCAAAAACUCUCCGCGAUCUCAGGGGCUGAAGAUGGGGAAAUCCACCCAGAAAUCUGCAGACUUUAUAUCCAGCUCCAGUGCUGCCUGGAGAUGUACACAACAGAGAUGCUGAAAUCAGUUUGUCUACUAGGAUCCCUUCAACUUCAUUGGAAAGAAAAGGACGCGUUGGUGGUUCCCAAAGUAAUAGACAGUAGAAAGGAAGAGAGUUCCCAAGCUCCAAUUUUAGAAGAUACACCAUCCUCUCCUCUCCAAGAUCUUCAACCAUAUUCGUGGCAUGUUUCCACAGACAUAGAAAAUACUGAAAGGGAUAUACGAGAAAUGAAAAAUCUUCUAAGCAAACUCAGGGAGACGAUGCCUUUACCAUUAAAGAACCAAGAUGAUAGCAGUCUCCUUAAUCUGACUCCAUAUCCACUCGUAAGACGGAGGAAACGACGAUUCUUUGGACUUUGCUGCCUCGUGUCAAGCUAGGAUGCUGAAAGAUUGAAAGAAAACUUAAAUGUUGUUAUUAAUUCUUUGGAAAAAAAUGCUUCUGGAGAGAAGAUAUUUCCCCUUGCUUUCUCCAACUGUCCAUUGUAAAUAUCUGUUUUAUUUUUGCUGUACAGGAUGGUCAUUUUUUUCUAUUUUUAUUCUUUUCUGAAUUCUCUUUUGAGAACUAUUACAAGUAUUCAUGGUUUCCCCAGCAGUGUUUUGCGUGAAUGUAUAUUUUAAAUUUCAUUUUCAUAAGCUGAACCUUCAAAAGUUUAGUUCCUAUACAUAAAAAAAAUAUACAUGUUUUUUUUAUAACUUGAUAAAGGUAUAUGGGUAAAUUAUGUAUAGCUCACAGCCUAAUACAGAUAGAAUGGCACACAUAUUUCCUUAAAACUGCCUUGGAAUAGAGAGUUGCUAUGCUAAAUUUGGAAAAAGAUGAAAAUGUAGUUUAAAUAUAGUAAUAGAUUGUUUACUCGAGAAGUAUCCCUUAAUUAAUUCCUUGCUUCCUCUGUCUUCAAAAUAAUCAGUGCAAUAGAACCCCUAUAGUUCACAAUAAUGGAAGCAAUCUUUCUGUGGACUACGCCAUGUAACUAAUAUUUGACAGACUCCAAAGUUGAACAAGAUAUGAUGGAAUAGGAUUUGACUGUAGUUGUGGAUUAUAAAUUCAGAUGGAAUUCAGUCUGAAAAAGAAAGAAUUCAAGAAUUAACUUUUACCAAACAUAAGGAACAUUGCUCAAUAAUCAUCAGGAUAGCAACUCAGAUGUCUACUAAAAGUAUUGAAUCAAUAUAAUAAUAUUGUCAUUGUACAAAUUAUCGGUGUAGUUAUGCAUAUAAAAUGUUGUUGUACAUCAUUUAUAGAAAAUGAAGGUAGCAAUCUGGGUGAAGCAGAGUUUGGAUUAUAAUGAACAAAUUGUACAUGUUCAGUUUUGAAAAUUGAAGGAUAUUGUAUGAUUUACAUAAGUACAAUUUUUAUUAUUUCCAUAAGAUAAUAUUAUGAAAAGCCAAACUAUUUAUUUUUGGUUAAAAAGUAGAACAAGAGACUUUGCUGAAAGGAGAUGCAUUCUGAUCUUUGUAAGCAGAUUGGUCUUUAUGUGGGACAGGCUUUCUGAUAAUUCAAUGGAAGCAGUUGGUAUCAUUUCAUCAGAAAAUAACUGCUCAAGUAGUUAGAGAUUCAGCUUGAGAGGGACCAGACAUUGAACCAGUGAUGUCAAACUUAUCCAUCACUGCGUUUCAUUUACUUCAUAUUUAAGUAUUUUGUAAAGUAAUGGGUAGAAAUUGAUAACCAUGGUUAGGUUAGUCCAAAUCUCCAUUAUCAUUGUGGCAGUGUUUUCUAUAAGGGUGGUAGGAGGAAACCUGAAAGGACUUCCAUUGUCUGGUAAUAUUUGUAUUUCAAUUAAAAAAAAACAGAAACCUUAGAACAUAGACUAGUAUAAAAGAGGAACAGGCCUUUCAGGCCACCAUGACAGUGCCAACCAUAUUGCCAAUCUAACUAAUCCAAUCUGCCUGCAUGUGGUCUAUAUCCUGCCUGUUCAUGUGUGUGUCUAAAUGCCUCUCAAGCAUUGCUAUCGUAUCUGUUUUUACCACUGUAAAAUAUUUGACGUAUACAUCUCCUUUAAACUUUCUCACUCAAUUCUCAAAUCGAUUGCAUUUAGUAUUUCACAUGCCCACACUGGGAAAAAAAGACUUUUACUGUCAACCCCGUCCAUGCCUUUUGUAUUUUUCUAAACUUCUAUCAGUUUGCUCCUCAGUCUCCGAUGCUCCAAUGAAACCAAUCCAAGUUUGUCUAACCUUUCCUUAUGGCUAACUCUCUCCAAUUCAGGCAACCUCUUCUGCACCCUCUCCAAAUGGUUUUACAUCCUCUGUGUAGUGGGGUGACUAGAACUGCACACAAUAUUCCAAAUUUAGCCUAAAUAAAGUUUUGUAGAGUUGCAACGUGAUUUUCCAACUUUUAUACUCAAUGCCUUGUUAGUAAUGUGUAUGGUAGAGGAUACGUGAGACUUAGGGUGAAGAAGCAAACAAUACAAAUGACAUAAAUUCAGAGGCAAUUUGUGACUUUGCCACCCGAGUGCUAAACUGGUGGUGCUGAUUUAAGCAAAAAUCAAUCAGGCUGGUUUAGUCCAUGAGGUCAUUCCCCAGAUGUUGAACCUGAAAGUGUUCACGUUCAUCUGCCUUGAGGCAAAAAGUGAUUUUUAUUUUUAACCAGAAGAGGGAUUCACGCAAAAAAGACCUUGUGCUAUCUGGCACAAGAUGUUUAUCAAAGAAAUCUAGCAAAUAAACUGCAAUAUUUGGAGUGCAGAGUACUGGCAUUCCCCCAGUGCUAAAUCUUACCAUUUUUGAGAAAACCUCAACAAAACUGUUGGAAAUACUCAGUGAGUCAGACAACAGCUGUGGGUUGGAAACAAAGCCAAUAUUACUAAUCCCUUUAUAGAUGAUAUUAAGUAAUUUUGUUGCACAUGUACAUACAUAAUACAAUUUAAGAUUUGUAACAAACGUCACUCUAUAAAUUUAGCCUUCAGUACCAUAGUGUGUGUUCUUUAAUUUUGUUUGAAUUAAAAGAAUGACUCAAUCUAACGUGCAAUAUAUUAAAAUCUAUAAUGUAUCUAUAGCCAUGUAUACAAUCACCUUGUAGCAAUUAUGACACUUUGUUAAUAAUAGAAAAUAAAAGCAUGAUAUCUACAUA